CUCAUUUCUCAGUAUUUUCAUUUUGACCCACCUUCUUUAGCUUUUUUCACCGAAACCCCAAUAGAACUUCAAAAUCUCAUCAUUCCCGCACUGCUUUUCCAUGAAGUUAAAAACACAGUAUAAAACCUGUUUCCGAACUUCUCUAUUACUUCCUUUUUCUUCCCGACAAAGCCUUAACUUUCUCUGCAUCAAUUUCCUCUCUCUUCACUUUUGUAGGAUUAAACAAAGUAAAGGAAGAGGAAAAGAUGCAUUCUUUUGGGUACAGAUUAAAUGCUCUGCUAACAUUUUCGGUGACGAUUCUGGCGCUAAUGUGUGCCAUCGCGUCUCUCUCCGACAACCUCAACACUCCAUCUCCCUCUGCGGAAAUCCAGAUUAUGAACAUUAAUUGGUUCCAGAAGCAGCCACAGGGGAAUGAUGAGGUCAGCCUGACGAUGAAUAUAUCAGCUGAUUUACAAUCAUUAUUUACAUGGAACACAAAACAGGUUUUUAUAUUUGUAGCAGCAGAGUACGAAACCCCAAAGAAUUCCUUGAAUCAGGUGUCACUUUGGGAUGCUAUAAUACCUGCCAAAGAGCAUGCAAAGUUUUGGAUCCAUACCUCAAACAAGUAUCGUUUUGUUGAUCAGGGAAACAGUCUCCGGGGCAAAGAAUUCAACUUAACAUUGCAUUGGCAUGUGAUGCCUAAGACUGGAAAGAUGUUUGCUGACAAAAUCGUCAUGACCGGUUAUAAUUUGCCAGAGGAAUAUAGAUAAGGUUUUCUUGGGUGUAUGUUUUGAGGUUGCUGUAACUUUAGCCUUCUCUAUAUGCGGAUAUUUGUAGCUCAGCUGAAUCAGAGGACUUGAGAUGUAGCCUCCUCUAUAUCUGGGAGACAUUAAUAGCUCAAUUGA